UCGCCAAAAUGAUCAAAGCCAGCUCUACAACUGCUCUUGUUCUUGUCCUGAGCCUGGUGGCUCUGAGCACGGCGGAGCCGCUGCGCCGCAGAUUCGUUGCCCGUCAGGUGGAGGCCCCAGCCAGUCCGGCACCCACUGGUUACCCAGAGGCAGGAAUCACGCCCAGCGUUCCCUUUGAUCUGCCCAGCUCGACAGCCAAGCCGGAAAAUACUUACCUGCCGCCAGACAACACCUACGGACCCCCGGAUAACACCUAUGGACCCCCGGACAAUACUUAUGGCCCACCAGAUAACACCUAUGGCCCACCAGAGGCCGAUUUUGUGCCUGCUCCAGAGCCCGAGCCGGAGGCACAGCCCGAGAAUCCCAUCGAGACCGAUGACAUCCCGGCCGCUGCUGAGGAUGAGCCAGUAGAUGCCAAGCUGCAGCCCUCUGACGAGGACGCUGAGGAGGAUGAGCCCCAGCUGGAGGUGACCGAGGAUGGCACUGUCAUUGUCCUGGCCACCAGUCUUGACCGACCACAGCCCCCGGUUGACCAAUCGGCUCGCCUUUACCAGCGUUUCCCGCAAGGUCGUCGCCGCCAGUUGCCUGUUCCCCAGCGACUGAUCCUGCGUCGCAGUUGGUAGAAUCCAAGGAAACAAAUUAUACAAAUUAAAUUUAACUUCCGGCUAUUCAUUAAUUUUUAAAAUAAAAGAUUUUUAGAAAUUUCCCAAUUUAUUAUCACAAAUUGGGUGUUUAUAAAAUUUGUGCCACCGAAAUAUACCAACCUUUUCAUA